GGGAACCAGACUUUGCAGCAUCCAACAAGCAUCUCCGGGCAGCAGUAGUAGAGAUACAGGAAGACCGAACUUGGAUCACUCUGAGGGCAGCUCGGAGAAAAGAUGGAUCAUGUGAGUGGGACUGAGAGGUUUAUGGAGCCGGGCUCUGGUGGCUGUAAAUCACUCUGCCCUCUCCGGUAUAAAGCACCGGUCCAGCCCGGCGUGGGAGAGAGGAGACGCUCGCUGCCCCUUGACCCCUGACUUGGUGUCGGCUCCCGGUGCAGCCAGUCGCCCCUACCAUGUCGGAAGAACUGGUCCCGCACCCCAAGGAGAGCCUGCCGGGGCCUCGGGCCAGCCCCCGCGAGGUGUGGAAAAAGGGCGGCCGCCUGCUGUCCGUGCUGCUGGCUGUCAACGUGCUGCUGCUGGCCUGCACGCUCAUCAGCGGCGGCGCCUUCAACAAGGUGGCUGUGUACGACACGGACGUGUUCGCGCUGCUCACCACCAUGAUGCUGCUGGCCGCGCUGUGGAUUGCCUUCCACCUGCUCCGCACCGCGCGCCGUCAGGACGCAGUGCCCUACCGGGAUGCGCAUGCUGGCCCCAUCUGGCUCCGAGGCGGGCUUGUGCUGUUUGGGAUCUGCACCCUUGUCAUGGAUGUCUUCAAGACUGGUUACUACUCCAGCUUCUUUGAGUGCCAGUCGGCCAUCAAGAUCCUGCACCCCAUCAUCCAAGCUGUGUUUGUCAUUGUCCAGACUUACUUCCUCUGGGUCUCUGCUAAAGACUGUAUCCACGCCCAUCUGGACCUGACCCGGUGUGGGCUCAUGUUCACCCUCGCCACCAACCUAGCCAUCUGGAUGGCAGCAGUAGUGGAUGAGUCCGUGCACCAGGCCCACUCCUACAGUGGUUCCCAUGGCAACACCAGCCACACCCGCCUCGCCCCUGACCCAGCGCCUUCGAGUGGCAGCGCCGGAGGAGACCCGUGCCCCUGCAGCACAGCAGUCUGCCAGAUCUUCCAGCAAGGCUACUUCUACCUGUAUCCCUUCAACAUCGAAUACAGCCUCUUUGCGUCUACCAUGCUCUACGUCAUGUGGAAGAAUGUGGGCAGGCUGCUUGCCUCCACCCACGGCCACGGCCACUCCCCAUCCAGGGUCAGCCUCUUCCGGGAGACCUUCUUCGCCGGCCCAGUCCUGGGCCUGCUGCUCUUCGUCAUAGGCCUGGCCGUCUUCAUCCUCUAUGAGGUCCAGGUGAGCGGAGAGAGAGGCCACACGCAGCAGGCUCUAGUCACCUACUACAGCUUCAAUAUCGUCUGUCUCGGGCUCAUGACCUUGGUCAGCCUGAGUGGCUCGGUCAUCUAUCGCUUUGACCGUCGGGCCAUGGACCACCAUAAGAACCCAACACGGACCCUGGAUGUCGCCCUGCUGAUGGGCGCUGCGCUGGGCCAGUAUGCCAUCUCCUACUACUCUAUCGUGGCUGUGGUGGUCGGCUCACCCCGGGACCUGCUGGGGGCACUCAACCUGUCCCAUGCUCUGCUCAUGAUAGCCCAGCACACCUUCCAGAACGUGUUCAUUAUUGAGAGCCUCCAUCGGGGACCACCGGGGGCCGAGCCUCAUGAAAUGCCUCCCAAGGAGCCCUGCCAAGGUAUCACCUUCGCCAACCUGGACGCCGUCCACACCCUGCCCUCCUGCCCACCCACCCCCAGGCUGGUCAGCCCCAACCCAGAAAGUCCUCAGGAAGCAGUGGCCAUCAUCUCAGGGCCCACGUGCCACUGGCGACGGCGGUGCCUGAAAGACAUCUCUCUGUUCCUCCUCCUCUGCAAUGUCAUCCUAUGGAUCAUGCCUGCCUUUGGCGCCCGCCCUCACUUCAGCAAUACCGUGGAGGUGGACUUUUAUGGCUACUCCCUCUGGGCGGCCAUUGUCAACAUCUGCCUGCCUUUCGGCAUCUUCUACCGAAUGCAUGCUGUGUCCAGCCUGCUGGAGGUCUAUGUACUGUCCUGAAGCUCUGCACAGAGACAGGGCCCAGGAACACCAGUACCUGGCAGUGAGUCUGGCUGGCACUCACUCCCUGCCUGCCCCAGACUACAAUUUCCACCAAAGUAUAUUUUUCCAGGAUGAGUUUUUAAAUCAAAAUCAAGACAUGCCUAUUUGCUCCUGCAUGAUCCUGGAGCCUGGGGAAACUGAGGCAAGGAAGACUACUCCCUGCAGCAUUCCCUAGGACCAUGCGGGGUCUGGAAAUACAGUCUCUGGCCCCAUCUCUAAUCCCAGCCAUGUGGCCCAUACAUUGUCUGGACCGAAGAACCAAUAAACCUACAAGCA